CUAUAUGUGCUUUGAUAUAUUUCAAAGUAUAGUUUUAAAAUAUAUAUAUAGUUAUUUGCAACAUGCAACUGUAGCAAUGUCACUGUAGCCCAUUUCUGAGUCCUAACAGCAGCUGUGAUGCCCUCUAAACAGCUGUGCAUGUCAUUUUGCUCCAAACCAGAGCAUCACCACAAUUUUACACUUGACUGUAAUUCAUUUUUUUUCUCAGAUAAAAUCAUUUUGGAUGCUUCAUAACCUCCCUUGCAUAAAAAGCUCAUGGGCAUACUUGAUUUGCUACCUCUCUGAACUGGUGAGGCUGCUAUUUCAAUUAGCAUCACCAGCAGAUCCGUUUUUAACGUGUUUAUCUUAUUAACAUCAUCUGACCGGAUUAUUGCUGCAGAUAUGUUGGCUUGCUGCCAUUUAGCUCAGAGCAACACUUUGCCCAAGUACAGCCCUCAAGACACUGUUCGAGUGGCUGUUCAGUGUGAGUCAUGCAUUAGCCACAUAACAAGCUGACCCCUUCCCAAACACAUGCAGCAACAAGGCUUUCUAGUUCACACGAUUCCAUUGGUUAGCAUCAUCUCUGACCAGCGUCAUGUUUGGUUACAUGUAGGCCAGAGCACGUCGGUUUUACUCUGAGGCUAAUUUAAGUUUCGUUUUGUUUACCUGUUAGUUGACUUCUGGUAAAAACCUGAAUUUGCUAUAGGGGUGUCAGAAAAAAACUCACAGAAAUGUUUGACACGUUUCCGAUUUUAUUUUGCAAAAACAAACAAAAAAAUUAAACCAUAUAUCAUUUAACUUUUGACAUCACAAUUAUAAGCUAAUUUGUGUUGGUGCUUUUAAAUAAUCAUGUUGGCGAUCAUCAACUAAGUGGUGUGAAGGGAGACGGUUUAUGAAGCAGAGAACAAAAUCUCAAACAAUUUGAACUAUAAAAUGUUAAAAACAAUUUUUUUUUCUACUUCACUUUUUCUAUUCUGCUGAUUCUAUUUGAGUUGCCAUGUCUGUCUGGUUCAACGUACAAAUAUUCUCAGUAUAAAACGCCUCAGCCUGAGUUUAAUCAUUGAGCUCAAAGUGAUUUAUGCUUGUUGUAUAAAUGAAAUGUCAUUAGGUGUUUGCAUCUAGUGCUGAAUUGUCCAGGGGGAAACCAUAAUGUGACAGGAUGCAAAAUAUGGGAUUGGUUUCAGUAAUUUAUCCUGGAGAGGAUGUCUUAUCAGCUACACAACACAGCCUGAAUAAAUGCAAUCAGGCAUGACAAAGUCCUCCUAAAUAGCUUUAGUACAAUCCUUUUUUUUUUCUUUUUUUUUUGAAGACCUACAUUAGAAAGGGUCAAAUCCAAGAUUAAGAUCCAUAAUGUGUGUCAUGUCCUAAUGUUUCCCAUCACUUUAGUGAAUCUGAAGGCCAGUGCAGCAGCCUCCUCACACACUCCCACAAUGAUUCAAUCAACGCUCAGUUCAUUCCACAGGGUGGCACCUCUCUGUGAUGACAGCACAUUAACUCUUGACCAAUGGUCACGCAUGUGCCAUAAAAUAAAUGAAAAUGCAGAGAAAGUAGGUCACUACCAUUACUCCUGGCUCUAACUGACCACAGGGAUGCUACAGCGGCGUGCUUAGACUGACUCAGCAGAAAAUAAAAACAAUUAAGGUCCUCUCUGAUAUUAGACCCUGCACAUUUUCAAACUAUAAUGUAUCUCAGGGACAUGACUGAAACCCUUGUUUUAAUUCAGCGUUGUGAUUAGGUGAAUCAUGCUUUCUGCAGGGACCGGUGGGAUAGUUUCAGACAGAUGAGCUAGGCCUCUCUGUGGCCAAUCAGAUGGGCUGAACUGCAUCAGGAUCUGCAGCUGCUCAAACAGGCAUAAAACAAAGAUCACUGCUGGCAAGUUGCUGUCAUUACUGUACAAACAUAUACAAGCAGUAUGUCGUUUGCGUUAAACGUAAAGGGAGUAAAGAAACAGCAGAAAGAGAGCUUUGUGGAAGGAAAAGAGACUCAUCAUUAUUUCUUUACCCCUCAAUACUAUUGUUGUAGUCUGUGUAAAUGAGAACAUUAGAAUUUUGUUUAUUUACAAUUUAUGUGGAAAGAAAAAAGAUAAACGAUCUUUAAACUAUCGAAAAUGGAACAGAUAAUAAAAAGUUAAGUAUUUAUCAGUCCUACAAGUCACUUUUAGGAAGUGAAGUGGUGAUUUCUUUUUUUUUUCACUAAGCAGUAAGAUAAGAUAGUAAGAUAUUUCCGAUGAUUACUAAAGCACAAUAAUAUAAAAAAAAACCACUUCUGCCGAAACCCGGGAUCGAACCAGGGACCUUUAGAUCUUCAGUCUAACGCUCUCCCAACUGAGCUAUUUCGGCGACGUGCCCAUGCUCCGCUCACGCCUAAGUGAAAGGGGUUCACAUAGUCUUAUUAGUGCUAGAAAACGUAUAAGACAUAAUUAAUAUCUGUUGUCAGAAGACGUGCCAAAGACGACACUUCUCUGCGACAUAUGCAACUUUUUGCCGACUACAAGCAGCAGGCACACAUGUAACUUUGUCAUUAUUAGACCCUCCCCCCUCCUUUGAGUCAGCAGUUUACACACGGGGAUGGUGGGAUUAUUUUCAGUUCUUUUAAAUCGAAACUAACAGAACCGAAAGUAAAUGUUUUGGUUGACAGACUGCGACUUAAAACAGACGGUCACAAUGUCAGUUCAGUUCUCUGGAUGGGAGGUGGUGGACGAUGGCGCCUGCUUUCCUGGCGUGAUGCUGGCGCCGGCACAGAAGCCUCAGAACAAGGGCAUCUACAAAAUGUUUCACGGAACCAGCGUUGCCAGCGCACGGGCCAUCGUCGCUGGUGGAUUCCAGCCGUCGUCUGGUGGCAUGCUGGGAAAGGGCGUGUACAUGAGCAGGGAUGUGAAGAAGGCCUCUAACUAUCCCUAUCUAAGUACCUCUAGUAACCGUGUGAUUUUAGAGCUGCGUGUCCGUGUAGGCCGUGUCAAACGCAUAGACAAGGACAACCACCCUUUGCAGCACACCUGGAGCAGUAAUGGCUACAACACUGCUUGGGUACCCCCCAACUGUGGUAUGAAAUCAGUGCCCAGCGGCCUGGAGGAGGACUGCGUGUUUGACCCUAAAAGGGUGACAGUUGUGGGCGUCGCAAAAGCACCAACCACCGCAAUAGAAAAGGAGCUUCAGCAGCUUCUCGCCAAAGCGUCUAAACAACCCAAGGGAAAGGGUGGUCACCGUAAAGAUGUUUGUUCCCUGUGCAAGAGGAAGACCCAACAAGGAGCUCAUCACAUCAAGCAGAAGUGCUGGACGUGUGGUCAAGACAUCUGUAUUCUCACAUCCAAGCACUUCUGUCAAAGGAAACCGAUGUCACUGCAGUUCUUUGGCUGGGAGGUGACCUAUGACGAUGACUCUCCUCGUCUGGAGCUGGGGGCCUCACAAGAACCCAAAGACCGGGGCGUCUACACCAUGUACCAUGGCACCACUGUUGCCAAUGCGCGUCUCAUCAUUGCUAAUGGCUUUCGGCAGUCAACCAAGGGCAUGCUGGGGAACGGUGUGUAUGUGAGUCGUGACAGAAAGAAGGCAGAACGUUAUCCUCUGAACAUCAGCGCUUCAGAUCGUGUGGUGCUGAAGCUGCACGUGCGCGUUGGCCACGUCAAACGCAUAGACAAGGACAACCAUCCGAUGCAGUACACCUGGAGCAGUAAUGGCUACGACACAGCUUGGGUACCCCCCAACUGUGGCAUGAAAGCUGUGCCCAGCGGUCUAGAGGAGGACUGUGUGUUUGACCCAAGCAGAAUAACGGUUGUGGACAUUGCUAGGGCUCCAAACUCAGAUCUGGAGCCACUUAAACAGCUUGUCGCCAACAGUCUCGGAAAGCCCAAAGUUGCAGUUGGCAGUGGGGCUGUUGCAGCUGAUUGUUCACUGUGCAACAGGAAACUACAGCAGAAUUCUGCACAUGUCACGCAAGCGUGCUGGGGAUGUGGGCAAAACAUUUGCACGCUAAUGACCAAACAUGUCUGUUCAGUCAGGAUUUAAGAGGAACUUUAAUCUGAUUCGCUCGAUUCACUUAAUCAAGUGAAGUGCAGGGAAACAAACUGAAUGUAACUUAGGACAACAGAUGUUUCUCAGGAUACAACUGAUGUGUUGUAAUGUGCAUCAACUUACGCCAAACUUUAUGACGAUUUUACUGUUAUAUUUUAUUAUAUAUGAAAUAGUUUUAAUAGGGUCAUGUGUUGGUGUCAGUAGAAGACAAUCUAUGACGAGCAAAAUGUCUUUAUUUCAUGAUUGCAUGUUGUUUGGACAAACAAAAACAAACUGAUUUCAUAGUCAUAAUGUGAAAAAUAAAAUAAAUGACCUUA